AUGAUUUCCAGGCUAGUGUUUGCUACUGAUCUCCAGACGUGGAUAAUGUUCAAAGGGAUAACCGAACUGGAGCCCGCAAGCUGUCUUUCGAUGGAUUUUGUGGGUGGUGUCGCCAUGAACCCUUCAUCCAAUGAUAUGGGGUGCUAUAUGCAUCCGACUGGAUGCUCUCAUAUCAUAUUGGCAGCUACUACUGAGGAACACUAUAUUGGUACGUCUGUGGAUUCCUGCAUCACCUGA